AUGUUCGGAAUCCUGGGCGCUCGCGACCGCAACGACGGCACCGAGGAGUACGCCUCCUUCGACGAGCUCUUCGCCGCGCUCAAGUCGCGUAUGCAAAAGGACGGAUACAAGGUCGUCAAGUCGCGCACCCAUCGCAACAAGGUCGGUGGCACUUACGAGAAGGGCAGCGAGGUGGUCCGAUGCGAUCUCGUUUGUGACCGAGGUGGACAGCCGUACAAAUGCACCGCGACGCAGCUCAAGACGUCGACCAAGAAGACGAACUGUCCUUGGAAGGCCAAAGCCGUCAAUCGCAAGACACUGGGCAAAUGGAUCUUGACAAUCAUUUGCAGCGAACACAACCAUGAGGCCCGAACGCCCGAUCCGCCGACCGACGAGGAAGAUGCCGAUGCUGAGGGAGACGCCGACAUUGUCCAGGAUACGCCAGCUGUACCCGAGGCACAGAGUACAGGCCCGACUCCGGAUCCCACAACAGCCGCUCUUCUUGCCGUCGUCGGUGUCACUCCCAGCACGAUGCGCCUUACCGGAGACACAUUCCACAACUUCAAGACGGAAUAUCGGAAGAUGGCGAAGCCAGAGCGCCUGGCUACACUCGCACAGAUGCAACUGCGCAUCGCCGCCAUAUACGCUGUCGAAAACGAAGACAUGCAACGGCAAGAAAGGCAAGCCAGACAGGAGAAAAAACAUCAAGAGGUUGAGCAGAACCGACGCAAGUCGCAAAGCGUUCAGCAAUCGCAGCAGCAGCAACCACCACAGCAACAGCAACAGCAACAGCAUCCAUCACAACCGCAACCGCAGCCGACACAGCCGGCGCAGCCGGCGCCGCAGCAGCAAACGAUGCCUCAACAACAACAGCAUCAGCUCCAGCACCAGCAAGUUCAACAUCAACAACACCAGCAACACCCGCACCGUCAACAGCACCAACAACCACAAAUACAAAACCAUAAUCAUGGCCACAACCACAACCAUAGCCACGUCCAGCAGCAGAUGAGCCAGAUGUCUCGGGACGGCAUGGCGGGGAUGCCGAAACAUUCGUUCGAGCAGAGCGGACACGACGAGCACGCGCAGUAUAGAGACCGGCAAGCCGAGAUGGAGGAAAGGAACCAGAGGACGAUGCAGAUGCGCGGGCAGCAAAUGAGCAAUGCGUUUCAGCAAAAUGGCGUUCAGCAGACGCCCAUUCCCGUUCCCCAGUUCGGCAUACAAUCCAACAUGCAGUCUGCGCCGCCCAAUGCCGCCGUAUUCCGGCACUAUGCGGCCGCGCCCGCCAACAGUACUGUUCCACAAGGGGCAGCUGGAGGAUCACCGGCGACGGGGCCGAAGCGGCGCGGCCGGCCCAAGAAAACAGCCAUGGACCAGAGCCUCGAUGCCAGUCUUCACAUGACGAGGUAG